AUGGCCACCGACCAAAAACCAAACAUGAAAACCCUCUUCACCCUCCCCAUCGCCCCCUCCGGCUCCCAACCAGGCGGCACCCUAACCUGCACCACCCCCCUCUCCCCUCCCGACUCCCGUAUCUACAUCCUCACCCUCUCCUCCCCCCCCGACAACCGCCUCACCUCCCCCCUCUGCACCGCCCUCCUCUCCGCACUCGACACCCUCGAAUUUUCUUUUCCUUCCGGCGUCGUCAUAACCACCUCCUCCCUCCCCAAAUUCUUUUCCAACGGUCUCGACCUCACCCACGCCCUCUCCGACCCUUCCUUCUUGCCUUUUUCGCUCUACCCCCUCUUCCGCCGGCUUCUCACCUACCCAAUGCCCACCAUCGCCCUUCUCAACGGACACGCCUUCGCCGGCGGCUUGAUGCUCGCCAUGCACAUGGACUAUCGCAUCAUGAACCCCUCUCGCGGAUUCGCGUGCAUUAACGAGCUGGACUUUGGGGUGCCGCUUAAGCCGGCUAUGAGUGCUAUAUUCAGAGCGAAGUGCACGCCGGGGAUUUAUCGACAGCUGGUAUUGGAGGCGCAUCGGUUCGGUGGGACGGAGGCGAUGGAGGCCGGAAUAGUGGAUUUGACGGGGGGGUUGGAGGACGUUAUCAAGUUUGUGGGGGAGAGGAAAUUAACGGAGAAGGGCAAGACGGGGAUUUAUGGGUUGAUGAAGAUGGAGAUGUACCGAGAAACGGUGGAGGGGUAUUUGACGGCUGAGGGACACGAGAGGGAGGAGGAGAGGGUCAGGAGGAUUGUGGAAGGGGAGAAGGAGAGGAAGGAGAAGGGGAGGAGGGAGGUGAAGGGGAGUAAGCUUUAG